AUCAUACCUACGAGUGUCUCAUCGCAUGAUUAGAUUAAAAUGAUUUUAAAAUUUCAUCCGUGACAGUUCGUUUCUAUAACCGAAAAAUUGUAAAAAAAGAUUUAUAAUUUCUUUGAAUGAUUUUAAAAAUGGGACGUUUUACUGUAAUUUAUAAACGUACAUGUUGAUAUAUUAUAAAUGUCCUAACUAAAUUGUUAUAUUUGAAUUUCUAAUUUCAAUUUAAUUAUUUUAACCUAUGCGCAAAGAGUUGUUUAAAUUGUUUCCAUCGAUCUUUUUAAUAAUUUAUAGUGACAUGCGAACUGUUAAGUAUUGUGCUGAAGUACAUUCGUGUUUUGCCAUAUUUGUAUACUCUAUAUAUCAUAAAACGUUAAUUUAUUUUUUGUAAUAUAAGGAAUGGAAAAAUCAUUAAAAUUAAUAAUACACAGAAGUAAGACAAUUUUUGAUAAUGUCAAUAUUACUUGGAAUUCUGCGAUUAAAUAUCUGCAUCAAAAUAAUGAAAAAGGAGUUAAAUCAAAACCUAAUAUCCUCGACAAUAAGUCGCAUUGUAAAAUAAUAGCAGUUCCCUUAAAUCAAAGGGGAUUUAAUGCAUAUCUUGUUUCAUUAUAUGUUAACAGUUUGAUAAAGUCAAAUACUUAUCGUAAGGCUGCACUACAGGUUUUGUUGAAACAUUUAUCUUUAAUUACAAAUCAAACGAAUUUCAAAUAUAUGAUUUUAAUAAAAUUACGUACACCAAAAAAGCAAUUCCUAGAUUAUAAAUGGAAUGAGAGAAUAACAAAAAUGGUAUUAGAAACAAGAGAACUAGAUUAUGCUAUGUCAUGGUUAUCUACACUAGGAGGAGCAUUUUCUGCCUUAGGUGAAGAAUUUCAACAUUGUGCUCAGAUGGCAGGAAAAAUUUCAAUAAAACAAUUUCAAUUAGCACUACAUCUCGGAAAUCCCCUUCUCGUUGCUCGUUGUAAAUUAUAUGCAGCCUUAAGUUUGAUACAACAAGGUUAUUUCAAAACACCAAAAUAUAUGAUCAAAAAUAUAUACAAACUGGCAGUGGAUCAGAAUGAUACACGUCUGCAAAACAUGUAUCACUUCUUGAAAGGACUAUUACCAUCACUGAGCAAGAGUACCCAUUGGAUCCCAUGCUGGUAAAGUAACAGGUUCCUGCUCGAAUACAGCUAGGACAUCAGCAGGUACAAAUUUUUUAUCUACAACAGCUUCAAA